AUGUCAGAUUCAGGUACAGAUUCAGAUUUAUCAUUAAGUUUAGUGAUUUAUUCAUCAGUUAAGCCAAUUUAUAAAAUUUAUUUCAUUAUAUUAAUUGGUUUUUACCUCGCGAAGAGAAAUAUACUUUCAGUUACAACAUGUAGAGAUAUUUCAGAUACUAUAGUUACAGCAAUUAUGCCAUGUCUUAUUUUUAAUAAUAUUGUAUCAAAUUUAAAAUCUAGUGAUAUUAAAAAUGUUGGAAUUAUUUGUUUUACAGCUACUUUAUUAUUUAUGUUUGGUGGAUUAUUUGCAUAUUUAACUCAUAUAGUUACAAGAUCUCCUAAAAGAUGGUUAGGUGGAUUAAUUUCAGUUGGUAUAUUUCCAAAUAUUUCAGAUUUACCUAUUGCUUACUUACAAACUUUUGCUAAAGGAGGAACGAUUUUUACAACUGAAGAAGGUAAUAAAGGUGUUGCCUAUGUUUGUAUUUUUUUAAUGGCUAUGAUAUUAUAUCAAUUCUCCUUGGGGUUAUUUAGAUUAAUUGAAUGGGAUUUUAGAGAUGAAAUAAAUGGGGAAAAGGCUGAAGAUGAAGAAAAGAAAUUAUCAACUACUUCAAGUGAUGAUAAAGAAGAGAAGAAUAAGAAGGAAGAGGAGAAGGAGAAGGAUCUUCAACAUUCGUUACCUGAUUAUUCAACUAAUCAUGGUGGUGUUGAAGAUAUAGAAUCAAUAAGUAGUGAACACUCAUCAAAUUCAUCAAAUUCAAUAAGAUCACAAAAUCUAAAAGUGAAACAAUUAGAAAGUAGGGGAACAAAUAAUCAAGAAAGUACCAAUGAUAACAUACGAAGAAGAGGGUCAAUCGCAAGCAAUCGAUAUUCAUUAGAAUUAACACCAUCAAGAAGUGAACGGUUAAGAAAACAAAGAUCUCAAGAUGUUCAAGAUGUCAUUAAUGAAUAUUCAGAAUUCGAAGCAAUGAAACAACAAAGUAAAGAAUUAUCAAAAACAAAAUCAGAAGUAAAUAAUAUUGAACCACCAGAACCAAUUGAACAAGAAAAAGAACAAGUAAAAACAAGUAAAUUAAAAACUCACCUCAAGAGAUUAUGGAGUAAUGUUACAACUGCAUCAUCAUUAUCAUUAAUUAUAUCAAUGGCAAUUGCAAUGUCACCUCCAUUAAAAGCAUUAUUUGUACAAUCAACUUUCUAUAUUCCAAAUGCGCCAGAUGAACAACCUCCAUUAUCUUUUAUAAUUGAUUUAACAAGUUAUGUAGGAGCUGCAUCAGUUCCAUUAGGUUUAUUAUUAUUAGGAGCAACAUUAGCAAGAUUACAAGUUAAAAAAAUGCCAAAGGGAUUUUGGAAAACUGCAUUAAUGAUGACAGCAGGUAGAUUGAUUUUGAUUCCAAUAUUUGGAGUUGGUGUAACUACUGGAUUUUAUAAAGGUGGAUGGUAUGGUGAUGAUAAGUUAGUUAGACUUGUAAGUGUAUUAGAAUUUGGUUUACCCAAUGCUACAUCAUUAGUUUAUUUUACUGCAUUUUAUAGUGAUCCAUUAAGUGAAGAACAUUUACAAAUGGAUUGUUUGGCAGUUUGUUUAAUUAGUCAAUAUGCAAUAUUAUGGUUUUCAUUACCAUUUUUAGUUACAUUUACAAUGAAGGUAUCACUUGGAAUGUAA